AUGCCUAACACAAAAGGAGAUGCCAUGCGGGGUUUAGCCGUUUUUAUCUCUGAUAUCCGAAACUGUAAAAGUAAAGAGAGCGAAAUACGCCGCGUCAAUAAAGAGCUCGCAAAUAUCAGAUCAAAAUUUAGGGGCGAUAAGACUCUUGAUGGUUAUCAGAAAAAGAAAUACGUUUGUAAAUUGCUCUUCAUAUUUCUUUUGGGACACGAUAUUGAUUUUGGACACACUGAGGCAGUCAAUCUGCUUUGCUCAAACCGAUAUACAGAAAAGCAAAUAGGAUAUUUAUUCAUAUCUGUACUCAUCAAUGAAUCCCACCCACUUAUGAAUUUGGUUAUUUCACGUCUUAAGGAUGACCUGAAUAGCCGGAAUCCUGUGUUUAUGAAUCUUGCUUUGCAAUGCAUCGCAAAUAUAGGGAGUCGUGAGAUGGCUGAAAAUUUUGCAGACAAGAUCCCUAAAUUACUUGUAUCAGGUGAUACAAUUGACUCCAUCAAGCAAAAUGCUGCUCUUUGUCUUCUGAAGUUGAUUAGGGUUGCUCCUGAAUUGAUUACAUAUGAUGAUUGGACUGUUAGAGCCAUGCAUUUACUUAAUGACCAACAUUUGGGUGUUGUGACAUCGGCCGUUAGUCUGAUCGAUGCUUUGGUGAAAAGAAGUCCAGAAGAACAUAAAGGAUGUGUAUCCCUUGCUGUUUCACGCCUUAGCAGAUUAAUCACAUCUUCUUAUACUGAUCUACAAGAUUAUACCUACUACUUUGUUACUGCUCCAUGGUUAUCUGUCAAGUUACUUCGUCUACUUCAGAACUACCCACAACCAGAGGACACUACGGUUCGUGCUAGACUUGCUGAGUGCCUCGAUACUAUUUUGAAGAAAGUUCAAGAAGCUCCGAAAUCAAAGAAAGUACAACAUCCAAAUGCUAAAAAUGCUGUUCUUUUUGAAGCUAUCAAUCUUAUAAUCCAUAUGGAUUCUGAUCCCAAAUUGCUUGUCCGUGCUUGUAAUCAGUUAGGACAGUUCCUACAACACAAGGAGACCAAUCUACGUUAUUUAGCUCUUGAAUCAUUAUGCUUGUUAGCUACGAGUGAAUUCAGUCACGAGGCAGUCAAGAAACAUCAGGAAACCAUUGUAAAUGCACUCAAAAGUGAACGGGAUGUUUCAGUUCGUCAAAGAGCUGUGGAUCUCUUAUAUGCCAUGUGCGAUCGAACUAAUGCUCAAGCUAUUGUAGGGGAGAUGCUCAGCUAUUUGGAAGUAGCGGAUUAUGCUAUCCGUGAGGAGAUGGUUUUAAAGGUUGCUAUAUUGGCGGAAAAAUAUGCAACUGACUAUUCUUGGUAUGUGGAUACUAUACUGAACUUAAUAAGAGUUGCUGGUGAUUAUGUUAGUGAUGAAGUUUGGCAUCGUGUCAUCCAGAUUGUUAUAAAUCGUGAGGACGUACAAGGAUAUGCGGCGAAGACAGUUUUUGAGGCGCUUCAAGCUCCUGCUUGUCAUGAAAAUAUGGUCAAAGUUGGAGGAUAUAUUUUGGGUGAAUUUGGAAAUCUGAUUGCAGGGGACCCAAGAUCAGCACCUAAAGUACAAUUCAAUUUAUUGCAUAGUAAAUUUCAUUUAUGUACUCCAACUACACGUCAACUAUUGUUGUCCACGUAUAUGAAGUUUAUCAACUUGUUUCCAGAAAUUAAGUCCGAUAUACAAUCUGUACUACAAAAUGACAGUAAUUUACGUAGUUCCAAUGUAGAAAUACAGCAACGAGCUACUGAAUAUUUAGCGCUAUCGCGAAUCGCCACUGAUGACGUAUUGGCUACUGUUCUAGAAGAAAUGCCACCUUUCCCAGAGCGUCAUUCCAGUAUUUUAGCUAAACUUAAAGCUAAAAAUCCUAAUACUGAUGGUACAAUAUCAAAAUCGGAAGCUGUUGGUGAAAGUUAUGCUUUGAAUUCAACUAAAAUCGAUCAUGAUAAUAAUCACGAUGUUAAUCGUGAAGCAGAUUUACUCAAUUUCGGUAAUCCUGGUACUGUAUACAAUGAGGUUCAGUCAAAACCAAACGGAUCGUCUAGUCUAUUAGUUGAUAUAAUGGGCAAUGGUUUGGCUUCUCCAGAUAUGAACAAUUUACUUCAUGCCAGUGGUGAUCAAUACAUAAAUCAUAAAGAAUUCACAAACUUUUUGACAAGGCAUAAUGCAAUAUUAUACGAGAAUUCUCUUAUUCGUAUUGGUAUUCGAAUGGAAUCUUGUGGUCAGUUUUGUCGUUUAGGUGUAUUCUACGGGAACAAAUCUCCUCAUCCAUUCACAGUGUUUUGUUCUCAAGUCACUUGUCCAGAUGCAAUGGAUGUGAACGAAUUGGCUAAAGCUAUUUCCAUUGAACUUCAACCUGGUCCUGAUCGAAUUGAAGCAGGAACACAAGUUCAACAAACAUUAAAUGUUGAGUGUUUACGUCCUUUUACUGAAAUAGUAAAACUUGAUGUUUCUUAUUUAUGCGAAGACUCUAAACAACGUUAUGCUCUUAUGCUUCCAGUAACAUUAAAUAAGUUCCUUCAACCUGCAGAGAUGGAUCAAGCAACAUUUUUCUCUCGGUGGAAAUUAUUGUCUCAACCUGGACGAGAAUGUCAAAAAAUUAAUCCUCCACUGUUCUCAUUAGAAACAUCUUUCUUAAGAACUAUUACUAAAAACUUUGGAUUCGCUUUACUGGAUGGCAUUGAUCCUAAUCCAAAUAAUGUUGUUGGUGCAGGUAUUGUUGUAACUAGUAGUCAACAAGUCGGUGUACUACUUAGAUUGGAACCGAAUACACAAUUAAAGAUGUAUUGCCUAACUAUUCGCAGUACAAGAGAAAUCGUCUCAUCUCAUUUAACCAAUCUCAUUGAACAAUUGAUCUGA